AUGGAUUUCUUUUAUUCGGUAUUUCAAAGAGAACUUGAGUUUGUUGACAAACUUAUGGGGAUGGCUUCAGAGUCCUCCCACCCAUAUGAACACAAAUAUAAAGCAAGAGAAAUUUUGAACUCACUCCUACAAGAAGAAAGGGUUAAAAAAUCUGACGAAAUAGCUCGCACAGCAGAAGCAAUCAUAGAAUAUAUGCUAGGUGUUAAUCACUUCGAAACAGAAGAAAUCACUGAAAGUGAUAAACAUUAUCAAAAGUCAUUAGAUUUAUUUAGCACUAUUUCUUUUCAAGAGCAAGGCCGCUUUAUUAACAUUUUUCAAGAUUUAUUAAAUUCUUUAGGUGUAUUGUGCUGCAAUCGUGGAGAAAACGAAAAAGGGCUUAUAGUUAAUGAGCCUUUAUGGAUCGACCUCAUUGAAAAUGUAACCGCUCUAAUGGACUUCCUAUCUUGUACAUCUUAGAAUAGACCCCUCACUAUUUAGAGAAAUAUUUAGACUAUUAUAAAAAAAACCCUAGUUUUAAACUAGUUCCAUAUAGUUUUUAUAUUAUUGUUUUUUUAAUAAUUUGAAAAAUGUUUUAAAAAUCAGCAUAAGAUUUGGCAAAAAGAAGCCAAAUCAUAUUUUACAAUUAAAAUAGUUAUUAUCUCUUGAUAUUUGAAAAAUACGAUUUUCGCGGUAAAAUGAUUUGGCCCAAACAAAGAUUGGAAAUUAAAAAUAGCGAGCCAAAAAAUUUUUGACAAGUGUGAACCAUUUUGACAAUUAAACGAUCCAAUUUUAAAAAUAUAUUUAUAUUUUUUAAAAUUAAUUUUUAAUAAGAUAUGACUUUGAAAAAAAUGGCUGUUCCAUUUAAUUUUAACUUAAAAUUAAUUUAAUUAAUAAAAAUAAUAUUUAAAUUUAAAGAAUAUUAAUAAAAAUUUGAAUAUGAGCACAUCAUCUCCAAGUUGAUAUUGAGAAAAAUAAAAGCUCUUUAAUAAAAAUAAUAAUUCAGCUUAAACAAUUAGGCUUUGUAUUUAUUUCAUAUUAUUCCUUAUAGGAACAUCACUAUGAGGGGUUACAUUUUUUUUCCGAUACUUACUAUAAGAUUCUGCCAUUUUUUUUUAAAGUCAAAAAUACCAUAAAAAAAUUCUAACGCGAACACGAGAUCUCCAAGGCUAAAUCGAAGCAAAAAAAGUUCAUUGGGCAAAAUAAAAUUUAUAUUAAAUGAUUAAGCUUUGCAGUUGAACCUGACCUUAACUCUAUAUAGGAGCUUGCUCCAUGAGGGGUAACAUUUUUUCCUAUAGUCACGAUAAGUCUGCCAUUUUUUUUUCUAAAGUCAAAAGUAAGCAAAACAAAAUCAAACGCGAACACGAGAUCUCCAAAGACUAAAUCGAAGCAAAAAAAGUUCAUUGGGCAAAAUAAAAUUCAUAUUAAAUGAUUAAGCUUUGCAGUUGAACCUGACCUUAACUCUACAUAGGAGCUUGCUCCAUGAGGGGUAACAUUUUUUCCUAUAGCCACUAUAAGUCUGCCAUUUUUUUUUAAAGUCAAAAAUGCCUAAAAAAAAUUCAAACGCGAACACGAGACCUCCAAGACUAAAUUGAAGUGAAAAAAGUUCAUUGGGCAAAAUAAAAUUCAUAUUAAAUGAUUAAACUUUGCAGUUGAACCAGACCUUAACUCUACAUAGGAGCUUGCUCCAUGAGGGGUAACAUUUUUUUCUAUAGCCACUAUAAGUCUGCCAUUUUUUUCUAAAGUCAAAAAUACCAUAAAAACAAUCAAACUCGAACACAAGAUCUCCAAGACUAAACUGAAGCAAAAAAAGUUCAUUGGGUAAAAUAAAAUUUAUAUUAAAUGAUUAAGCUUUGCAUUUGAACCAGACCUUAACUUUUCAUAGGAGCUUGCUCAAUGAGGGGUAACAUUUUUUCUAUAGCCACUAUAAGUCUGCCAUUUUUUUUUAAAGUCAAAAAUACCAUAAAAACAAUCAAACGUGAACACGAGAUCUCCAAGACUAAAUCGAAGCAAAAAAAGUUCAUUGGGUAAAAUAAAAAUUAUAUUAAAUGAUUAAGCUUUGCAUUUGAACCAGACCUUAACUCUUCAUAGGAGCUUGCUCCAUGAGGGGUAACAUUUUUUCCUAUAGUCACUAUAAGUCUGCAAUUUUUUUUUCUAAAGUCAAGAAUACCUAAAAAAAAUUCAAACUCGAACAUGAGAUCUCCAAGACUAAAUCGAAGCAAAAAAAGUUCAUUGGGCAAAUUAAAAUUCUUUUUAAAUGAUGAAGCUUUGCAUUGGUUUUAUUAGGAAACUUUCCAUCGGAGCUUACUCCAUGAGGGGUGACAUUUUUCCCUAUAGUCACUAUAAAUCUGCCAUUUUUUUUAUUUAAAAUCAUAUCUUAAAUUAAAAAUUAAUAUUUAUAAUAAAGAUAUUUUAAAAAUUGGCUCGUUUAAUUGCCAAAAUGGUUCACACUUGUCAAAAAUUUUUUUGACUAGCCAUUUUUAGCUCCCAUAUUUGGCCAAAACAUUUUUACCGCGAAAUUUUUAUUUUUUCAAGCAUCAAGAAAGAAGAACUAUUUUAAGUGUAAAAUAUGAUUUGGCUUCUUUUUGCCAAAUCUUAUGCUGAUUUUUAAAACAUUUUUCAAAUUAUUAAAAAAACAAUAAUAUAAAAAACUAUAUGGAACUAGUUUAAAACUAGGGAUUUUUUUAUAAUAGUCUAAAUAUUUCUCUAAAUAGUGAGGGGUCUAUUCUAAUGUACAGGAUAGGAAGUCCAUUAGAGUGGUUACAUUUUCAAUGAGGUCGAUCCAUAAAGGUGCAUGAGCUUAUCAUAUUUCAUAAAGUCUCAAGAACUUUAUUUAAUAACCAAAAUUUUCAAUACACAGACUUUUUCCCACAAUUUUCAUGAUUUUUUGACAGGAACUUCUGGUUUUCAUUUUAUUAUUGACGGAGGUGUUAAUAGAUGCAAAAUUGAGCAAAACUAUACUUUGACUCUAUUUUAUAUGGCCCAGGAGUUUGCAAAGCUUGGUGAAAAAGAAAAAUCAGCUAUGUAUUGUGCUGAAACUAUGAAGCGGCAAAUAGAAAGUGGGGACUAUGACAUCAAAGAUUGAGCAAUAAAUUCUAUAAAUUUAGCUGAGUAUUAUGUGGAAAAUGGCUACUUAAAUCAAGCUUUGUAUACUUUGCAGUGUGGGAUGUCAAUUAUUCUUCAGAAUAAAAGGAAACUAAAAAGCACAAUUCAUAUGCAAAUAGGAAGAUGCUUUUUAGCCUUUUUAGAAAUGGGAGCAACCCUGCAUAAGGAUAAAUUAUCAAUUCCAGAUCGCAUUUAUUCUCAAUGUGUAGCAUUCAGAGGGCUAAGAGUGCAAUUUCCAAGAAUAUCUCCUGCAGGGAAUUUAGAAGAAGCAAAGGAAUUGUUUAAAUUAGCAAAUACAAGCUUGAAGCAAGCUUUAGAAUAUUUUAUUAUAGACGGAUAUGUGACAGAGCAUAUAGAGAUGAAACGAAAUAUCAGCAGCUUAUACAAAUAUUUAUGCUAUUUUGAUGAAAAUGAAGGGAGGGUUAUAGCAAUGCUACAAAGAAGAAUUGAAAUUCUUGAAGAAUACACCAAAGAUUUAAACCGACAGGCUUAUUCUCAGCUUUGGCAGCAUCUAAUGAAUGAAAUUUCAUCAGUCUACCUUGACAUCUACGACAUAAAAAGUUCCCAAUUACGAGGAAAAAACAAAAAGAAUCAAGAAAUAUACACAAAAACAAACAUAAGCGCCUUAACUUCUAUCGAAAAGCAGGUCGAGUUAUUAGAGUUUGUACAGAAAUUUGAAUUAAAUGAUGAAUCUGCCAAAGAUGUGAUUCAAUCUUCUCUAAAUUUGAUGUUUGGAAUAGCAAGAACUUACACAAAACUAGAUCACCCUGAGAUUGAAAUAAAAAUCAGCUACAUGGAAAGCUGCUAUAGAUGAUAUGAGAGGAUUCAAAAUUACUUAACAGAAGUCAGUGAAGGAAAAUAUGGAGAAGAAAUCAAAGACAUUGAAGAACAGAUGAAUAUUUGUAAAGAAAUGUGCGAGCUUAUGCCCAUAAGGAUCAGCCAAAUUUCUGCAGAGCUAAAUUCUAUUUAA